UAAUGAAGUUCGUAAUUGGGACGCCAUUUGUUGUGAUAUUUCUAAUCUACAAGUACAAGAGAAGGCACUUAGCAAUGGACAAGAACAUUGAAGAAUUUUUGCAAGCUCAUAACAACUUUUUGCCCAUAAGGUACUCUUACUCAAAUAUGAAGAAGAUCACCGGAAAUUUUAAGCAUAAACUAGGUGAAGGGGGAUAUGGUUUUGUAUACAAAGGAACUCUCAGAAGCGGCAACGAAGUGGCUAUCAAGAUUUUGAAGCAGUCGAAGGGCAAUGACCAAGAUUUUAUCAGUGAAGUGGCUACUAUUGGAAGAAUUCACCAUGUUAAUGUAGUGCAACUCAUCGGUUUUUGCUUUGAAGGUUCAAAACGGGCUUUGGUGUAUGAUUUCAUGUCAAAUGGAUCUUUGGAUAAGCACAUUUUCACCAAGGAAGGUGAUAAGUUUCUUGAUUACAAGAAAAUAUAUGAGAUCGCUCUUGGGGUGGCGAAGGGGAUUGAUAUUUACAUCGGGGUGUGACAUGCAAAUACUACACUUUGAUAUCAAACCUCACAACAUUCUUUUAGAUAAGAAUUUCACUCCAA